CGGGACUUCAUACAACGAGGGUGUGAUAUCUAGACCUCGAGAAUGGCCGUAUUCUAUGCUUGGCUGGUUGCAGUAGCAUGGCUGACAUCGCCAGCGUCGUCUCAUCCAGCAGAAAAUCCUGCCUCGAUCAAACAUGAUUACACCACGGCGACGUCAGAGGAUCCGCUGUCCACAUUGCCGUACAUCCCUCCUUCGUACACGCCUAAGCCUACAGAAUUCACUGAAUCUUUUACCACCUUAAAGUCGACGACAACCCUGAGAAAUGAUCUUCAACCUAAAAGCCAUAAAGAUAGAAACAAUUUAUCCUUACAAGAUUUCGAACGCGUCGUGACUCGAGAACAAAGCCAGCCGGCAAUUGAAAAAGCAAUCAGCUCAUUAACUAACCACGCAAAUUCGACGAAAAGGUUGGAUGAAAACAAAGUUUUCACUGUAGAGAAUGAUCGGCUCAGUGGUGCAGAUUCUUAUAAGGAACAUCAACAGAAAGAAGAUGCAUCGAGUCAUGGAAUUUCAGACAAUGCAUCAAAGAGCAGCAAGAUUUCAAGAUUUAAUUUGGAAGAUCCCCGUUUUCAGGAACUGAUAAUUAAGGACCAAAUAUCCAAGCCAUCCAUAACCUCUCAGCCCAAAUUUACAAGGGAAAUUUUAAAUCAAACUCAGAUUGACGAAAUAAAUUCCGUAAAGAAAUUGAAUGAAGCCGUGUCCCAGCGGAUUCCUAAAGAGAGUAGACAAGAAUCUGCAACAACAAUACUCGAUUCAUCACCUCCAAAAGAGAGCAAGCUUAAGUUGAAAAGAGGGACUCAAAGUUACCCUACAUUCUCACAAAUUUCCCCCCAGGCUCGUGGGGAAUCUAGAAGCUUCUUCCUCCCCAAUACGGAAGACGCUGCCGGGGAAAGACACUUUCAAACGAACCCAACUGACAAUCAACAGCCUUCUCAAGACUUAUACGGUCACGAAACAAUACAGGGAAGGAGUACACCAUUUGACUUCGCCUAUCACGUCGAGGACCAACACUCGGGAGCUCAGUACGGCCACAACUCCAACUCUGACGGCACAGUAACUACCGGCGAAUACAGAGUCCUGCUUCCCGAUGGUCGUACUCAGAUCGUCACCUACAUAGCUGACCCUCACGAGGGCUUCAAUGCUAAAGUCCGCUUCGAGGGAGAAGUUCAGCCUUACGAACCCCUGGUAGACGAUCCCCCAGUUUAUAGGACCAACACUGCAUCUUUAGAAAGAGAUCAACGUCCUCAAAAAUUUGCCCAGAAUAAAUUUGUAAAUGCCAGAGGAACAUCAUUCGAAAGUGAAAGGUUUUUCAAUGAACUUGAUCCUCUACAGAAUACCUAUCGUCCUCCUGCAUUUUCAGCGCCUUUUGGCCAGGCUUUUGGAGCGGCGAAUCUACACUCUCCUCAGCAAUCAGGGAAGCCGAAGCCUUUGUUUGGGCAUUUUGACUCCAAUGAUCGUCGUCAGUCUCACGUUAGGACAGAAACUCGCCAAACCGCUUACCAACCACCAGAACCUCAACUGGAUUACCAGCAGCCUGGUGUUCAACAGAACUUUCAGCAGCCAGAUGAUCAUCAGGUAUCUCAGAACCAUGAAAUUCCACUGAAUUAUCAGCAGCCAAAUGUUCAACAAGGAUCUCAGACCAUUGAAAUUCCGUUGGAGUAUCAGCAGCCAAAUGAUCACCAGGUAUCUCAGCCCCCAGUAAUUUCACUCAAUAAUCAGCAGCCAGGAAGUCAAAAUAUCUACCAGCAAAAUGAAAUUCAACAAAUCUACCAGCAACCAAAAAUUCCACAAAGACAUCGACAGCCACAAAUUCAACCAGACUUUACGCUACCACAAAUUCAACACACAAACCAGAAACCGAAUACUGUGCAAGGCUCUAAGCAGUCUGCAAUUCAUCGCAACAAUAAGCAAUCGAGUAGUGUACAAGGCUCUCUGCAGCCUGACAUUCAACAGAGCCAUCAGCCAUCCGCAAAUCCUUACGGCACUAAGCAACCUAAAAUUAAGUAUCCCAAACCAGAAGUUCAACAGAGCUAUCAAAAGCCGGAUGUUCAACAAGGUUAUCAACAGCCAGAUCUUCAGAGCUAUCAGCAAGAUGAAAUCCAAAAUAGCUAUCAGCAACCAAGAAUUCAACAAAGCUACCAACAACCAGAACUUCAACAAACUUAUCAGCAACCAGAAAUUCAAAGCGGCAAUCAACAGCCAGAAGUACAACAAGGCUAUCAACAGCCAGAAAUUUCCCAAGACUAUCACCAGCCAAAUAUUCAACAGGACUUUCAACAUCCAGAUGUUCAACAAGGCUAUAAUGAACCAGAAAUUCAGGAAGGCUAUCACCAACCAAAUAUUCACCAAGACUUUCAACAACCAGAUAUUCAAAAAGGCAAAAAGCCACUAGAAAUUUCGCAAGGCUAUCAGCAACCAGAAAUUCCUCAAGGCUAUCAGCAACCUGAAAUUCCGCAAGGCUAUCAACAACCUGAAAUUCCGCAAGGCUAUCAGCAACCAGAAAUUCCGCAAGGCUAUCAGCAACCUGAAAUUCCGCAAGGCUAUCAGCAACUUGAAAUUUCGGAAGGCUAUCAGCAACCAGAAAUUAAAGAACAUUUUCGGCCGUCAGCAGUUCUUGGGGAGUUCUCCAGCGCACCUCCUCACCACCAGCCUGACCAUCCUUCCUCCCAUCAAGGGCCUAACGUCCAUGACAGCGAUGAGCAGCUACGACCUCAGUUGGAAUUUCCACCCUCAAUUCCACAACAGGGACACCAGAAUCUGAAUUUCCAGUCAAGUUUUUUGGGUGAUGGAACUCGGCCAAGUUUACAGACGUCAAAGCCUACUUUUGGAUCUGGUAGACCACAUCAGCAGCCAGACGCACCUCAACGAUAUCAAGAACCGGUAAUUCCACAUGAUUUUCAUGGACUCGUCCAGACCAAUUACCAGGGUCAAGAAUUGCAACAGAUAAAUCCUGGUCCAGUUCAGCCGAAUAAUUAUAUUCAAGAUCUUCGCCAGAGUGAAGAAGCAUCAAAAUUUUCGCACGACGAUAGCUUCCAUCAAUCAAUUCACCGGUUUAGGCCAGAGUUGGAUUCUAAACGCACACAUCAUCCAAUCUAUGAACCACCUCAGGACCAAGAGAGGUAUCAACAACCUCAUGCUAACGGACCAGAUGAGACAGAAUCAAAGUAUCAGCAGCCAGGAUUCCGCAAUGAAAACCCAAAUAGACCUCUUCAUAGCAAUCAAAUUAGUCCUAAAGCUCGUACAAGGCUAAAUCAUUCGAAACUAAAUUCCAAAAAGAGUCAGCGAAUUACGACCGAGCACGAAGAGGAUGUACCACACCAGAUACAAGACGUUUUUUCUCAGCCUGACCCGAGACAAAAGUUCAGUCAACCAGAACUAGCUACAGGGGUGCGAAAACACGUAAUAGAUCAGUUUAGCCAAGGACCGGAAAAUGUUGAGUCUCUAGAACGACAGACGCUUUCUCCUCAGUAUGCUUAUCGCAAUUUCAAGCUACGCUCUAAUGCAGAACAAAAGGAAUCACAACUCUCUAGUGCUGGGUUUUCCGAAGGAGGUUACCUUCAGCCCUCUUUGAAAUUCCCAGGCCAGGAGUCUUCAUACAGGCAAGCAAGUGCACGUUUGCAUUCGAAUGAAGUGUCAAAACCGUCAACUCGUGGAAAACCUGAAGAAAUUAAUCUAAGUUAUCAACCAAAUUAUCAUGAGUUGACUUUCAAUCAACCAGACUUCAAAGAAACAUACCAGCCACCUCAGGCUGAAUCGACAUACCAACGACCAGAAACCCCCCAAAAAUCUCAAACACCUCUGUUCGACUCGACAGACCAACAGCCAAGUAAUCAUGAAGUGAAUCAACCAUUUGAUUUAAAUCUGGAAUACCUGCAGCCAAAAUCAUCUCGCCCAUCGCAGAGGCCUGAACAGGCGUACGAGCUCCACGUACAGAAAUACCAACCGCUUGCAGCACAGCCAGUAAAUGGACAGCAAGCAAACCUAAAUGCAUUCCACGACCCCAAACUGCAACGCGAUGAUCGUGGUCUAACUUUAGGGCACGAUGUGAAUUCCACGCCACCCUCGUCUAAGGAUUACAAUUUUUUCGAAGGAGGUGACGUUUCUGCAAGUAACAAACCAUCUUUUCACAACUCUGUUCUUGCCUUGGAACCUGAAAUAUUCGCCCUGCAGCCGGCAGUGCGACAACUAGACAUUCUACCGAUUGUGACUAGUUACCCUGGAGAUAACAGCAAGGGCUUAGAUCAUUCCGCCUAAGAUUUCUUAAGGCAAAAUCAUCUUGCACUAAAUCCUGGAGCUUUCCUCAAUAGUCUGUGGCGAAGGUGGCAUUCUCUUUCCACCACUCGAUCCUGCGAUAGUCAAGUAAUUCUUGAAUAGCAAAGUAGUCAACAAUAGGGAACGAAUAUUAGACAUCGACUAACGAUUGCAUCAAAUUUUCGAUAAAAACAUGGAAUUUCCUAUUACAUCGUUGCAUGUGCAACGAUUUAAUUUCUGUAAUCGAAAAUUGUCCUUACAUGAACAUUUAUCAUCGCAGCAAUGCAAAGGUUAAAGAUGAUGCAAUGCUGUAUAAAAUUUAUAUUGUCUUUUUUCAAGAAAUACAUUCAAGACAAUAGCCUCUUAAAUGAUAUUAGAGUCGGGACUUAGUUUUUUGUCAAUUAAAAUUAACUCUCUUUACAAGGUCUUCUGAAAAUUCUGAAAAAAAUAGCGCGGACGGUGGAACAAAGCAUUAAGCACCCGACGGCAGCUGCAUCCUCUUACAUAAUAUUUCAUUUGAUUGGCUUAAAUUCGGUCGAGAUUAAUGAAUGAUCUUGAAACUAAAAAUUAUAAAGACAAUUUAAAUUAUAAUAUGCUCGUAAUAUAUCUCUUGUAAGUAGAGGGAGUCGGAUGAGAUAGAAGUUGCUGAAAUAGAU